UCUCAAAGCACUAAGCGUACAAACACUUAAAACCUGCUUAUCUUUAGAGCUAAACCACUGUUGAUGCUCUUGGCAUUUGGGUCCAAAUGUAGUUCAUGCCAUAUUUCUUGUGGCUUGUUCCAUCAUCGUCUUUGUUUCUGACAUCAAUCUUGCUAGCUAGCUGUUUCCUUACAUAGUAAUGAUAGACUGCGAGAACCAAAACAUCCACAAGUACAAUUUAGAGGGUUUUAUCUACUGUCUGUUACAUGGAACAAGGGCUGGAACACAUUUUCUUUCUGUAUGUCAGCACUGAGCUAGAGGGGAGGAGUCGACGUCUGGGAGUGAGGUUCGACCUGGACAACAUAUAUAUUGAAAUAUCGGAAAGAGGGUGAGACACGCAGCCGGAUGCAGACUGCAAGUGUGCAGUUAGUGGUGAUGUCUGCUGAAUACUGUGGAGCCUGAAGCCCAUGUACGAGCAGCCAGAUGAAGAUUCUUUUUAAUUGGGGGGAAAAAACACAAAAGCUGCAGUGAUGAAACAAUCUUCUAUAUAUCCUCAUCAGUGAUGAGCAACAUGAUCUCACCCUGGCAACUGACAAGAAGGCAUCAGCACCCCUGCGGUGGGACAGCGCCCUUCCGGGGUAGACAGGGUCGACGCAGCGCAGACGUGGGAGGCGAAACGAUCCAUCUGGAUCACAGAGCUUGUCAAAAUCCAGACUGCACCUUAUUGAUAGGGUGGCCCUAUUAAAGUGCUUCAGGUGAAGUUUGUGCGAAGCUAAAACAAGCUUUGAUGAAGAUAUCGGACCGGACUAAAGCUGCCCGUCUCCUCCUUACUCAUCCAACCGUAGGCGGAUUAGGGAAGCGAGGAAAAAAAACGGCAUUGAAAUAACCCUCAUUACAUCACCAAGUUUCCAUCCCAAAGGGGUGCAGUUUUAACAUCCAGCACCAGAUGACAAGCACCAAAGAAGGGGGGAAGAAACCGGGCGUUUUGGGGGCAUAUUAAACCGCGAUCGGCGAUGAACCGAAACAAGGAGUUUCUAAACGCAAUCUUAGAGAAGUGUAAUGUAAGACUGUACGUUUCGAAGGAGCGUGUGAGCGCCGGAAAAUGAAAUGGCAGGGGCGAGCGGGGCCGCUGGCGGACAAGAGCAGCGGGAUGCAGCGGCUUCGCCUUAUGAGGACUACGAGUGCAAGAUCUGCUACAACUAUUUCGACCUGGAUCGCCGCAAGCCCAAGAUCUUGGAGUGUUUGCACACGUUUUGCGAGGAGUGCUUGAACACGCUGCACCUCCGGGAGGACCGGCCAUGGCGCAUCGGAUGCCCGCUGUGUCGCCACAGGACUCCCAUCCCAGAAUACCGUAUACAGAACCUCCCCAACAACACAAAAGUGACAGAGGCUUUCCCCCUCUAUAUCGAGUCGGAUCCCCUGCCCCAGGACAGCUUGCCCCCGCACCCACCGCCUCUUCAUCCAGCUCUUGCAGCCCUGCGCGGCGAGGAACCCGCAGGAGCGGCUGCAGGAGCCCCUGACACCCAGGCUGGCGCAUCUGCCACCGGCGUGUUACCCGAUGUGACCGCGACAUACGGAUCCGGCCGCCACGAUAGCUGCCAGAACUGCAAACGGGCGGCGCUGACCACUGGUUGCGUUUGCGCCAUCUUCGCAUUCCUCUCCAUGCUUGUGCUCCUCUUCAUGGGCCUGAUAUUUGUGCAUAACUAUAACAGCCCUCCCUCCCCGGCUGGGCCCAUCUGUCUCUCGGUCGCCAGCAUCUUGGCCAUGUUUUCGGUCGUUGUCACAUGGCUAAUCUGUUGGUUAAAAUACCGGCCUGAACCCGAGACAUCGCGCACUUCUGCGCCUAACGCGAACCGGAGAAGUGCGUAAAAAUGGUUUUGCGCAAUUUCCAUAUUUCAUAAUUUUAGACCCGACCUAAUUUCUAUUCGCCAUAAGGGUGGGCUAUAAAAAUAGCUAUUAAUUAACAAAAAUACAAUGUGUGCGCCCACCCCCAUUUUUUAAAAUUACAAUUGUAAUUCUUAUAGUUUUACACGUUUUCCCGAUAGGUUUUAUGUUUUUGGUUUGUCGCUGCGUGUAUUCAGUAUAACCCUAUUCUGUGGAGUUUAAACUACUGUGGGACGCGAGUUCGAUAAAAAUGGAUUCAUCGCUUCAUGUAGUUAUGGUUGUAUGUUAAAUGAACAUAUACAUAUUAAAGGAAACCAUUUUCAGUGUUCAUCAUACAGAGAUCCUGCUGAAAAUAUGACGUGUGAAAAAGGUGCUGCUGAAAACUACAGGUAGAGUGCUGUUUACAUUGAGAUGUGAUUGAAAAUUAAGCUACAUUUAUUUCAAAAAGCUUAAACUUGUGGACGUUUGUACGUGAAGGUGUUUCGGUUUCGUAGGUAGGCCUAUAUGUCGAGAUUAUGAUACAGUAGGUUUAGUUUUUUGUUUUUGGGGAUUGAGUGGGUGGGUGCCGGGUUUCAUACGUGGGACCAAAGAGGAUUCUCACAAAAAAAUGACAAAUGUCGUUGUUAAAGCUUUUAAAGCUCACAUAUGUCCAAGAAACAAUACAGUGACGCACUUAUUCAAAUAAAUUAUGAAUGUGAAUUGUUUCUAUGACAAAUAAAAAGAAAACGCAA